AAUAUGCGCUAAUGAUACUAAAAUCGAUGCGAAAUAAGUAAAUCAAAGCAUUUAAGUACGAACAGCGUGCGACACUAUUUAAUUGCACAGCUGGCGGGCAAGUUCACAACACAGAGCGAAGGCGAAGAAGCGGCGCGGUGAUGUGGCGACACUUUAAACAGCUGGCUUUUAGCAAGAAAAUAAAGGCGAAACUUGGAAAAUACCAAAAUUAACACUACACUAAGCUGAGCAACAAGUUUGGACUUCUCAGUACUAACGAGCGGAGAGCACGUGCCGUGCUGAGCUGAGAGCGUGUACAUAGUUUAGAGGUUGUAAGAGCAACUAAGGCGCAUUUCCUUACAACGUAUUAUCAAGAAAAAAAAAUAUUAUUAAUUUUACUACUCACUGCUGUUGUUGUUGUUGCACUACCGCCUAAAUGCAUAGCUGUUGCCAUGGCACCGGUUCUCUGUUAUGCUAUGUUACUCAUAUAAAAUUUAUUGAAUUUUUUUCUCAAGUUUUUCCCUCACACUGUGGCAUAUUGGCGCUCCAAUGCCCUCAUAUACAACAGCGUCGCAACAUUUACCGCUUAUAAAUGUCGAUAAAACUAGACAACACUCUUAUUUGCCUGUGAAACGCUUAACAGACAACAACUAACACGCGCACUGCAAAUACCACCAACACCACUACAAAAGUACUUUGUCGUCGUUAUUCGUCGUCGCUCAUUAGCCGGUGUAAAUUGACAAAGUUGGCUUUUGUGGUGUUGCGCCGCGCGUUAUUGACACCGACAAACAGUGAAUUGUAUUGUAGAAGAAGUAUACGCCACGGUUAACCACAAAGUGUGUGCACAAUAAAUACAAUACAAAAAGCAACAAAAAAAGCACCAAUAAAUACAAUAAAAACAACAAAAAUCAAUAAAUACAAUUAAAAUGUAUUUUUAAAUACGGUUUUUAUUUUUGUGUAUCAAUAAAGCCGCAAAAUACGCAACCGCAAAGUGAAAAUAUUGUGCAAAAAUCUUGCGAAAAAAAAGUGUACUAAUUAAAGUUACUCAAAUUACUUUGUAGUAAUUUACUAUGAUAUAAUUGUCGACGCUGAUUCUAUUACAAAUGGCGAAAGAAUAUAAUGAAACGUUUCUGGAGCAAACUAUCCAUUAUAUUGAAUAUGUACUGCAUCAGCCAUUGGCACGUGAGUCUGAGCUAUGUGAUGAGGAAACUACCGGUACACCGUUAGAUGAGUUUCCGGAAUUUUUCACAGUGGAGCAACUGCGUCAAGGCUGGGUCGUGUUGCAUGUCUUUGCUGCUAUCUAUUUCUUCAUAUUGCUCGCUAUUAUUUGUAAUGACUAUUUCCUGCCCACCGUUGAGUGUAUCUGUGAAGAUUUGAAUUUAUCCAAAGAUGUCGCUGCAGCGACUUUUAUGGCCACCGCCACUUCAAUGCCCGAAUUCUUUACGAAUACGAUAAGUACACUUAUCACAGAUUCGGAUAUGGGUUUGGGCACGAUCAUCGGUUCGCUGAUGUUCAAUACAUUGGGCGUGGCUGCGCUGGGCGCAUUGUGCAUUAAAAAGCCCGUCCAACUCGAUUGGUGGCCCAUUGCACGUGAUUGUGUCAUAUAUAGUUUUAAUACGAUUGUACUCAUUAUACUCGCCUGGGGUGGCUAUGUUAGCUUCACCGAAUCAUGCAUCAUGAUGGGUUUCCUCAUUUUCUAUUAUUUGCUUACGUUUAACAAUAACAAAUUUAUGCCUGCCAUACGUGUUUUCGUCGAGGAUAAGAUGAAUUGCUGCAUAUCGAAGCGAUAUGAUUUUACUGAACCACCAGAGAACAGUGCUAAGGCGCGUCUGCCACUCAAAAAGGAUCAUCUGGGCGGUGAUGGACUGUUUGUGAUAAAUUUACCCGAUAAUACCUCAUCGACAGUGAAUUUGACGCAUUCAAAGAGUUGGAACAGCGACGAAAGCGAUGACGUCCCACCGCAACCGCAAAAACUCUUCUCACUGCCACACGGUGAGACGGCUUUUAGAAAAUUCUGGUGGGCUUUCAUUUUCCCAAUUAAAUUUACACUCACAUUUGUUAUACCCAAUCCCGCCUAUCAUCGGCGUCUCUAUCCGCUGUCAUUUGUCAUGUGCAUCAUUGCGAUCGGACUCAAUGCCUAUGUGAUUGUUUGGAUGUUGACAGCAUUUGGUGUUGCGAUAAAUGUACCUGAAAUUAUAAUGGGACUCACCUUCUUGGCGGCUGGUUCAACUAUGCCCGAAGCGGUGUCCAGUUGCAUUUCACUGCGUAACGGCGAAAACGGCAUUGGCGUCUCCAACUCGCUGGGUGCCAACUCACUCGCCAUACUACUCUCGCUGGGCGUGCCAUGGUUCAUCAAGAAUUGCAUGAAUUAUGGCAAAACCGAUGGCAGCGCUAUGAUACAAAUUGCCUCACAAGGUAUCGAGUUCAAUAUUAUCAUACUGCUGCUCUGCACCUUAGCGCUCUUCCUCGUAUUGAGUUUUAGCGGUUAUCGGCUGACGAAGCGAGCCGGCAUUGCAUUGAUCGGCAUCUACUUGGUAUUCAUUGUGCUGCAGAUUUUGAUUGAGAUGAAUGUGUUCUUCCCAAAGCAAUGCUAGUGAGCAAACAAAAAACAAAAAAAAAAAAAUUAACAACAGAUGCUGUUGUGAAACUUAUUAUAGUAUUUUCUUGUAUAUUUUUGUAAAAAAAAAACAUAUUUUUAUUACGCGAGCUAAUUAAGACUGUUUAGUACUGUAAGUGCGUUAUAUAAAACAAAAACAAAAAAGAAACACCAAAACUAUUUAAUUACACAAUGCGAAGCCAAAUUUUAGCUAUUGAUUUUUUAAUUUUUAAUGUCAGUUUUAAGUUGUAAUUUAGCAAAUAUUUGCCUUUGUGCUUGAACACCGAUUUUAGUAGUAAAUUGAUUACUAUUUUAUGUAAAUAUAUAUUUUGUAAAUAACAAAUUAGCCGAAAAUUGUGCUAUAGCAAAUUAAU